CUUUCUCAUCAGAGGGGCUUAGAAUCCCUUCAUUCUGAUUUCUGCUUCUGUACCUCAGACUAUUCAUUUCUUUCUUAUAGUUGCUUCUCUGUCCUUGCAAAAAUGAACAGGGGUCAGCAGUCAUUUGGUAGCAGGUCUGUAGUGGGAACUAAGACCUUUAGCUCUGCAUCAAUGGGUGGUGCAGGCGGUGGAGGUAGAGGUGGUGGAGGUAGAAUAAGCUUUAGUUCAAUGUCUAUGUCUAAAGGAUUAGGUGGGGGUGGUGCUGGUGGUGGUGGUGGUGGUGGUGGUGGAGGAUUCAGGCAUGGUGGAGGUGCUGGUUUUAGUUCUCAUAGCCUCCAUAGUCUUGGAGGAACAAGAAAGACUGCUAUUAGUACAGGCAGUGUCCGUGGAGGAAGUUUUGGUGGUGGUGCUUUUGGUGGAGCAGGUGGUGGAGGAUUUGGUGGAGGAGGGGGAGCGUUUGGUGGUGGAGCAGGAGGUGGAGGAUUUGGUGGUGGUGGAGGAUAUGGAGGUGGAGGAUUUGGAGGUGGAGGAUUUGGAGGUGGAGGGUUUGGUGGUGAAGGAUUUGGUGGUGGCCCAGGAGGAUUUGAUGGAGGCUUUGGUGGCAUGAAUUUCCCUGUAUGCCCUCCUGGUGGAAUUCAGGAAGUGACCGUUAACCAGAGCCUUCUGGCACCAUUAAAUAUGGAAAUUGAUCCAACCAUUCAAAAAGUGAGGAAAGAGGAAAGGGAGCAAAUCAAGACCCUCAACAACAAAUUUGCAUCCUUCAUUGACAAGGUGAGAUUUUUGGAGCAGCAAAACCAAGUCUUGAAUACAAAAUGGGAACUCUUGCAAGAACAUGGGCAAAAAGGUGUUUCAAAGAGAAGCAACAUUGGACCUCUCUUUGAAGCUUACAUUAGCAACCUGAGACGUACAUUGGAUGGGCUGCAGAAUGACAAACAUCGCCUGGAAACAGAUUUGAGGGGCAUUCAAGAUUUGGUAGAAGAUUUCAAAAACAAAUAUGAGGAUGAAAUCAACAAGCGCACAACUGCCGAAAAUGAAUUUGUAAUACUCAAAAAGGAUGUGGAUGCUGCGUACAUGAACAAAGUAGAGCUGGAGUGUAAAGUCGAUGGACUGACUGAUGAAAUAAACUUCCUCAGGACACUAUAUGAAUCGGAAAUUCAAGAUCUUCAAAGUCAGCUUUCCGACAUAUCUGUUGUUCUGUCUAUGGACAAUAACCGGAUGUUGGAUCUCGAUGGCAUUAUCAUGGAGGUGAAAUGUCAGUAUGAGGAAAUAGCCAACAAGAGCAAAGCCGAGGCUGAAGCUGCUUGUGCCAUGAAGUUCCAGCAGCUUCAAGCAACAGCCGGUCAGCACGGAGAUAGCCUCAAAAGUAGCAAAACUGAAAUUGCAGACCUGAAUCGCAUGAUCCAGAGAUUAAAGGCUGAGAUUGAAAGUGUGAAGAAGCAGUGUGCCAAUCUUCAGAUGUCUAUCACUGAGGCAGAGGAACGUGGAGAACUUGCUGUAAAAGAUGCACAAAGAAAAUUAGAUGAACUUCAGGAAGCCCUAAAAAAAGCCAAGGAAGAAAUGGCAAAGCAAUUACAUGAGUACCAAACACUGAUGAGUGUUAAGCUGUCCUUGGAUAUUGAAAUUGCAACUUACAGAAAACUUCUAGAAGGAGAGGAAUGCAGAAUAUCAGGAGAGAUUCAAAAUCCUGUCAGCAUUUCUGUGAUCAGUGGUUCCACUUCAAUAUCUUCUGGAAUGGGUGGUGGAUUUGGAGCUGGCGGUGGAUUUGGAGGUGGUGGAGGAUAUGGAUCUGGCGGUGGAGGAUAUGGAUCUGGCGGUGGAGGAUAUGGAUCUGGAGGUGGAGGAUUUGGAGCUGGGGGCGGAGGAUUUGGAGCUGGUGGCGGAGGUGGUGGAGGAUAUGGAGUUGGUGGUGCAGGAGGUGGAGGAUUUGGAGCUGGAGGAUAUGGAGCCAGCGGAGGUGGCCAAUUUGGAGGAGGAGGAGGAUAUUCUGCUGGAGGUGGAGGUGGAGGAGGCUACGGCAUGGGUGGAGCAGGAGGCUUUAGUUCUGGAAGCAGACAAGGUGGUACCAUUAUCUCAAAAACAUCUUCUUCUUCAAGCAAAUUGAACUAUUAACCUGACAUCUUUAAUCCAGCAACAUCUCUUUUUGCCUGCUAGAAUAUAACCUCUGUUUUUCAUGUCAAGAUCAUUUAAAAGCAAAAUUAAGUUAGUAAGCAGAUCCCUUACUAUGGUUUCUCUUGUAAAUAUUGGCUCCAUAACAAGUUACAGUUUCUAUAGCAUGUAACCCAGUGCAUCUACAGUAUAUCAACAACAUUAUAUGCAUUUCUGGAAAAAAACUGGCCAUCUUUCUCAAACGCCAAGGACAUCAAAAAUAUUUUCAGUUCUACCCUAUUUUAUCCACUAUUUUUCAGUACAUAUGUGAAAAAUAAUUUUGACCAGCACUUGACAUAGCUACAAUGAGUCAGUAGGAGUUGUAUUUUAACACAAUCAUUAAAGAAAACAUCAUUUACAUUUUUUAAUAUUUUGAGCUCUCAUGCCUUAUGGGCCAUUUACUUACACACAUACCUUCGUAAAAGUGUUGACUUUAAAAUUGUGUUGCAUCAUGUUUACCAUCAAUGAGAUUGUUCUGUGGGUAACAAUUCUGUUGCAGUAAAUUGUGUUCUGUUAUCUUGUUUCUGCUAUCAAUCCCUCUGCAACCACUACUACUGACCGAAUGCAAGCUACUGUACUAUGUAUGAACAUGCCCCUUUACCUUACUCAUUGUUAAAGCAGAGAAACUCUAGAUAACAAAUUUGUCCUUCCUGUGCAAUGGCUAUUUCUCACAACUGACUCCAUUUUACUGUACAUCUAAUAAACUGCUGUUUCAUAA